ACGGUGGCCAUUGGCGGACAGGAGGGCGGGGCGGGGUCGCCCGGAGCGGCUAUACUAGGCCGUUCCAGUGAGCAGCCGGCUUGGGAAGCACGGUGUGUGUUGCAGCAUUCCGGCUUGCAGCAGCGAUCCGGUUUGCAGCAGCGAUCCGGCUUGGUCCUGGGAGGAAGGCUGUGUGCAGCAGCGAUCCGGCUUGGCCAUGGCAGCGGCGCCUCUGAAAGUGUGCAUCGUGGGCUCGGGGAACUGGGGAUCAGCUGUUGCGAAAAUCAUCGGAAGCAACGUGAAGAAGCUGCAGAAGUUCUCCUCCACCGUCAAGAUGUGGGUCUUCGAAGAGACCGUGAACGGGAGGAAACUGACGGACAUUAUCAACAGUGACCACGAAAACGUGAAAUAUCUCCCAGGACACAAGCUGCCAGAAAAUGUGGUCGCUGUCCCAAACCUCAGCGAAGCCGUGCAGGACGCAGACCUGCUGGUCUUCGUCAUCCCCCACCAGUUCAUUCACAAGAUCUGCGAUGAGAUCACGGGCAGGGUGCCCAAGAAGGCCCUGGGGAUCACCCUCAUCAAGGGCAUCGAUGAGGGCCCCGACGGGCUGAAGCUCAUCUCCGACAUCAUCCGAGAGAAGAUGGGGAUUGACAUCAGCGUGCUGAUGGGGGCCAACAUCGCCAGUGAGGUUGCUGCCGAGAAGUUCUGCGAGACCACCAUUGGCAGCAAAGUGAUCCAGAACGGCCUUCUCUUCAAAGAGCUGCUGCAGACGCCCAACUUCAGAAUCACUGUGGUGGACGAUGCGGACACCGUAGAGCUUUGCGGCGCUCUUAAGAACAUUGUCGCCGUGGGAGCCGGCUUCUGCGAUGGCCUCCGCUGUGGAGACAACACCAAGGCCGCCGUCAUCCGCCUGGGCCUCAUGGAAAUGAUCGCUUUCGCCAAGAUCUUCUGUAAGGGCCAGGUGUCCACGGCCACCUUCUUGGAAAGCUGCGGGGUGGCUGACCUCAUCACCACCUGCUACGGAGGGCGGAACCGCAAGGUGGCAGAGACCUUCGCCAGGACCGGGAAGACCAUCGAAGAGCUGGAGAAGGAGCUGCUGAACGGGCAGAAGCUCCAGGGACCCCAAACCUCCGCCGAGGUGUACCGCAUCCUCAAGCAGAAGGGGCUGCUGGACAAGUUUCCCCUCUUCACUGCCGUGUAUCAGAUCUGCUAUGAAGGCAAGCCCGUCACACAGAUGCUGUCCUGCCUACAGAGCCACCCGGAGCACAUCUGAAGAAAGUCAGGCAGCCAUCAGGAACAGCUCUGCCUUGCCCACUGUAGGACCUCCAGAAAACCAGGGCCUGGCAGUCAGAUCCUGCUGAACUGUACUCUGAUCUGAAUACAUACAAAAUGUUACAGCUUUUUCUCUGUGCCAGGAGAGGCACUCCACUGGCUAAGAGGUGUCGGGUAACAGCUACAGACACACACACACACACACACACACAUAUUAGUGAGUGUGUGUGUGUGUGUGUACAAGUGUGUACCUUUCUCAUUCUGUGAGUGUUUCUCUGAACCCAAAUCAGGUGUCUAUUUUAACGAUCACAUUUCAAAUUUCCCCUCCAGGGCAGCUUGUGAGAUUAAAACUAACAGCUAAAUUUUAUGGUUGGGACUCAUUUAUAUGAGGAACUGGGUAUUUUUCCCUCUGAAACAGUUACCCAGCAUUAAAAAGGUCUAGAUAUAUGUGCAUUUGAAGACCACUUAUAAAAAAUACAGCAUCUCAGCUCAAGCUCCUGGAUUGUGGAUUGAUAGCUUAACAAUCAGGUGUUAGAUACUCCACGUACACAUCUCUUCUUGAUACAGAUACCACAUAUCUCCCCUCUUUCCUCUUCCUUCGCUGCUAGAAUGGGCUUUUAUACAGACCCAACAAGGUGGAGGAAGAAAUGUGACAUCCCUGUAGUAGUUGACAUUUCCUCCUGGGGACACUUUAUCAUGCUCGUUGCUCGGUGGGACUUUUCUGCAGCUGUGUCUCUUCAGGCUUUGUGGAACCCUCAAGGGGGCCACUGUCACUUCUCAUGUGAGAAGCCAUAGCGGUACCCAGUCACCCAGGGACAUGGAGACCUUCCUCCAUCCCUCCUGGAUGGAACCUGCUAGGAUGUCACUGGGCCCCUCUGACCAGGCUGUUUGUAGGAAUGAUAUGUCCAGCCUUUCCAGAGGGCAGAGAGGGCUUCCUGACUUGGACAUUUGUGUGGUAGAGUCGGAGAGUCACCACCCCAAGUGCUGUCCCCAGUGGGGUCAUUGCACUCUUAAGAAAGAGGGUUCCCAGGCCUAAAAAAUGGCCAGUGAUUCAACAUUGCCUUCCGUGCAUUUCUGAUGCUCACUACAGUUUGAGAGCUACUGCAUUAGAGAAUUUACAGCCUUUACCGAACAAUGUUCUCUAAGAGACAAGUGUCCUGGAGUCUCCUGGCUGUGCCAGGUGGACCCUGGAAUGCACAGGUGAGUGUGGCCAUUCCAGUUGCCUGCCUCUUCACAUGUUCCUAGAGGGGGAGGGAGCCUGGAUGCUAGGAACCUGAUAAGCUAAUAAGUCCCAAACACAUCAGACCAUGAGAGGUUUGUUUUUGUUUUACUAGAAUAUUAACCAUAAUUUCUAGAGAAUACUGCUAUAGAGUGAGAGUGAGGUGACCCUCACUCUCCACAGGAAUUCAGGAUGACUAACUUCCUGUGAGAAUUUGUUCUAUGUAGCCUGGGCUGGCCUUGAACUUGUCACCUUCUUGCCUCUGUCUCCUGAGUGACCUGGGUUUUUCCAUUUCUGACCUUUCCUCAGGAGACAGGGUCAAGCACAGGCAAGUUGUUGUUGACCUCACUGAAACGCACACUAUAUGGAGUGAGUGCUUUGGAUGUUAGAAUUAGAACACGAAUGAUUUUAUCUUUAUUUUAAAAGCCAGACAUCCCGUGGGUGGGAAGAGCGCACGGAUGUCAUUGUCCUGUGCUUUUAGCUUAGGAGAGUUUCCACUUCCUCUCAUCCUGGGUUUAGCAGCCCCCACCCUCCUGUACAUCCCUUAAUAUAACUGAAAAUGAUUGUAAAAUAAAUUUUUAUGAGAAUUUUUAAAACUAUCCAAGAAGACUUUUGGAGCAUUGUAAAGUCCCAUACCUAAAGCGCACAGCAGGCUGAAUAUUUCAGAUGUCCUAAUGAUGUUGUCAAUCAAUUUGUUUCUUGCCUCCUGAUAAGUCUUUUUAUUAAAAAAAAAAAAAAAAAACUCUGUACAUAUGUAACGAAGAGUUACUUUUUAAGAUAUCCAAAGGGCUGAGAGCUACCGUGGUGUCUACAAAGUAGCACAGUGCAGAAUUGUUAACCUUUGUGUUUGCAUCUUCAUUUACAUCCACCCUCUCGCUGGCCUUGUACUUCCGGGUUCUUCCUUCCCUCAUGAAUGACCCUUACUGACUGACAUCCCCCUGAAGUCAGCUGGUGUGUUUAUCCUAAUCCACCCAUGAUGGAAACAGGCAAAUUUCUUUGUGCUCUGAUGACCAGAGGCGUUACUCUGAGUUACCUAUUUUUGUAACCACCUGCAGAUUGGUGUUUCUUGUGGUGAUAGGAUCAGAGACACCUAGAGUAGAAAUUUCACCCAUGAAUGUAAAACUAAGCUCUUGCCUUGCUACUCUCCACCACAGUUUUGGACAAAUCUCUGGAAACCCGCCUCUGGGGCCUAAGCCUGCCUUCUGGUGUUUUCACAGCUGGCCUAAGGAGGGUGCUGUGUUGAGAUUGCAGUGUCUAAACAAAAUUGUUUCUCUGCCACUUCUGAUUGGCUGGCUCCUACUUCCAUAUGUACUGUAUUUGUUUACAGACUGCCUGUGAGUGGUUGCAUAGUGUGAAAGCUUGGUUUAAUAAACACAACCUCUCAAACCUGUA